AUGAAACACUGCGUUCUAAUUAUGUUGAUCGGUCUGAGCGGCCAGGCUCUUGCAGGCUAUCUAGGCGGUUCGGGUGGUAGUGGAUGGAAUGCUGGUGGAGCUUGGCCAGCCGCCAGCUCAUCAGUAUGGUCCAGUGGAGGAUCAGGAGGUUGGCCAAGUGUUGGCGGUGGUUCAGCAGCAUGGCCAAGCGCCGGCUCCGCUGGUUGGAGUAGUGGCGGAAGUGGUUGGUCAAAUGGUGGUGGCAGUACAACCAAAAUUAUUAAAAUCGUUCCUGUGGAUUCGGGAAAUGGUGGUUGGUCAGCAGCAGGAGGCAGUGGUGGUGCCUGGCCCUCUGGUGGAAGUAGUGGCGCUUGGCCCUCAGCCGGAAGCAGUGGCGCUUGGCCAUCCAGUGGCAGCUCUGGCGUUUGGCCAUCUGGGGGCAAUUCAGGUUGGUCUGCUGCCAGUAGCUCGAAUGCUUGGCCUGUCAGCACUGCAUCGGUUUGGAAAUCCAGCGGUGGCAAUGGUGGAUGGUCUCAAGGCGGUAAUGGCGGUGGCUGGAAAUCUGGUGGUGGAAGCAGUGUUUGGGUACCUGCUGGCAACAAUGGCUGGUCUUCAGGUGGAAGCUCCGGCUGGAAGUGGUAA